AUGAGUCGCAUGGAUGAUACGGUUCGGCCGCACCGCACGCACCGGACAGAUACUUCGAAUGAAAUAAAGGAUCCGGCAUAUACCAGGACGGUCUCCCCGAAUAAUGGCCCUCCUGUCCGCGAUGAGGUGGCUGCGAGACCUCAUAAGUCGACUCCGUCGAAGUUGCUGGCCGAAGAUUUGAUUAUAGAGCUCGCCCAGCGAGCUGUGGAUAGCGGGCUUCAGGAUACAAGACGCUCUUUGGCCGGGAGCGAGGCGGUGGAUGAUGUUGUUCGACCAAAGCUCACGAUCGACCUGGGCCACGCGAACAUUGCCCGUGUCCCAGAAGCGGUGGUCAACAUAAUAAAGGAUGAGGUUGCGAGGCUGUCAUUAUCGAAUAAUCAUAUUGAUAGGAUCCCCAACCGGUUCUCAGAAUGUGUUCACCUUCGAUACCUCAAUAUACGAGCAAACAACUUUACGGAGUUCCCGCGAGUGGUCUACAGUCUGACGUUCCUGGAAAUCCUUGACCUAAGCCGGAAUAAAAUCACGAAACUACCAGAAGAAGUCCGCAACUUGUCCUCUUUACGGGUCUUCUCUAUCAUGCAGAAUUUCUUAGAGGACCUCCCCAGCCAGCUCUCUGACAUGAGCAAAUUGCAGGUUAUAAAGGUGUCCGGAAACCCGCUUAACAGUUCCUUGAAAGCUGUCUUAGAGCUCAGAGAAGCAGAUGUCAAUCAUCUGGAUAUGGCCGAUAAUGAAAAAGAUAGCGCAAUUACCACGGAGCUCAAAAGAUUUCUAAAAAGCAGACAGGCUGCGGCGUCUCCUGAACCUGAGUACCAUGACCCUAGCGAAACGACAGAGCCACCCAAACCGCCAAAGAGAGGGAAUCGCUUUCCGGUCAUACCCAGGUCUAGUAAUGGGACAGAGUCCACAUCGGGCUCCAGGUCGCCGUCCUUGUCAAGACCACCACCUAUACCCACGAGAUCUCAUCAUAGGAUGGCAUCCGGUCAAAGCGGUCUCAUACAUCGUUCAAACACUUCAGCGAGCGUUAGUGAACGGAAUCGAAGCAAUAGUGAAGGGUUUAUUGUGAGCUCGGCGGCAUCGCGCAACAAACGGAUGGGCCUGAUCAGCAGAAAGAACACAGAUCUUGGAACCCUCGACGAGAUGCGGCCCUAUAGAAACAGUCAUCUACGCGGAUUGAGCCAUGGCUCGCUCCUCCGAUCUCAACGCGGCGGUAUACCGAAUGACGGCAGUAACUCGUCUAGUCCAAGCAGUCCAAGGGAUAGGAGACGCCUGAAAGAUGGAUUCGUUCAUAGGUUAUCCAGCCUCCCGGAGCAAAGAGUGAAAACUACAACUAAAAACCCUGUGAUAAUUUCCGCAAGGAGUGUGCUCUACGCCCUUUACCAGAUACACCCUCACAUUUCAUCGUUGAUCAACGUGAUUAAAGCUGAAGAAUACAGACGAAGCAGCCUCGAAAUUGUCUUUUACAAUGCAACAACUCAUCUGGAUCAGCUUAAUGAGGCGCUGCAAAGUAUCGCUGAUGCAGAUUUACAGGAUAAGGAGAUUGCCAAAAGGGUUACCGAAGCCGUCAAACAUGAAUGUGCAACUUGCAUCACUGCUUAUACGCACGUUGGAACCCAGCUCCGUGUUAAUGUUUCCAAAGCCGUGGCCUUGAGCGACCCGAAAUAUGUCCGAUCUCUCCUCCUUAUGAUCUACGGCAGUUUAAUUGAGCUUCGCAAUGCGUGCGCCGUUUUCAACGUGAAGCCAAAGCCUCGGAAACCAAAAACGGCCAAAAAACUAUCCAUCACCACUACCAACCAGCCGAUGAGCAGGUUUACACCUGAACGCGAACCUGAACCAUCGGUUACGCCAACAAGAGAUAGGCACCCGCCCACUCGCCGACUGCGAAGCGAAACAACUGUACACCUGCCACCUUUUGCGCCCUUCCCCACUGCACUGCCGCCUUUCGCUCCUCAUCCGACAGGCAUACCGUCACAUUCGAACCAUCCAACGGUUCCACCCCUCGCCAUUGGAGGCAGAAGCCGCUCAAGCAGCAGGUCUAAUGCAUUCUUACACUCAUCCGGGACUUCAUCCAUCGCGAACACACCACGAUCCGGCGAAUCGUUCAACAUCCUUUCGACUCCAGUUAAUAACAGGAUCAACCCGAUUACCGGUCUAGAUGAAAUAGAAGAAGAUCGAAUCUUUGAGAGAAUCUUCAUCCAACUCUCCUCGGCAUAUAAGGCAGCACUCCAAGCUGUUCCGCUAGCUGCACGUCAAUUCUCCCAAUGCCUCGAAGCGGCAGAGGCAUCUCGAGCUCCGCAACACCUCCGAAAUCUAUGUCGAAAGCUCCUUAUUCGUUGUCGUUCCUGCGUAGAUGUUGCUGACGCUCUAGACAGCCGGUUGUCCAAUAUGAAAUUAAAAGAGCCUGGUGGCGGGCUACGGAACCAGCGUGAAUUCUGGCAUCUUUGCAAAACAUUUAUACAAACUUUCGUUGAAUUGGUUCUCGAUAUACGCGAAGCCAAAACUUUCUGUCUCCUCCCUUCGGAAAUCGUUGCAACUCUUCGAAUAGUACAAAAGACAAUCCGAGAAGCUGGACGUCUGAUCGAUACCUCUCCCUGGUCAUAUCUUGCUGAGCUUCACACCUCGAAUCCCUCAAACCCGUCGAACGCGGUAUCUCAGCACCAAUCCAAUGGUAACUUGCAUUACUCCAACUCUUCCACAUCAAUUGCAUCGCAGUCGAGCCUGGCUAGUGGAUCUUCCCCGCAAUCAGCCACCAUGCCAGCUACACCAUUGAGUGCAGCCCUUGGCCCUGCGGCGCAAGCUACCGUACCGUCUACUGCCAUUCCAGCGAGUGCAACCAGUGAUCGGAUGUUCGCUGGGGAUGUCUUCCAACGGGCAGAUCUAUUACUCUCCAUGGCUCCUACUGCUCCGCUAUUUUAUCGUCGCUAG